UAGCCAUAAAUAGUUUUGCGGCGCUUUUUUCGGCAAAAUCCUGGAUAAAAUGGUGAACAAUACAUCGUAUUUAGCAUUUAACACCAGUCUAAAGAUAUCUCCUUCCAAGGCAGAGGGCAUUGCACUGUGCAGCUCUUUCAUUUUGACCUCCGUUUUCAGCGUCGCAGGAAACUCUCUUGCCCUUUUUCUCUUUGCAGUUAACAAGAAACUUCGUAAGAAGAGUUUAUUCCUAAUUAUCAACAUGGCGUUUGCUGACCUUAUGGUUGGAACAUUAUGUUUGCCCAUUUACGUUUACUUUGUUGGGGAUUAUUUCCAGCUUUGGACGAAUCAAUUGAAGGAUUUCUUGUCAUCUGGGUACUACACGUUCAUUGACAGCAUCUUUACCCAGGCUUCGAUAAUUUCUGCAGCUUUCAUAUCCUGUGAAAGAUUUUACGCAGUAUACUGGCCUCUCAAGCACCGAACAUUAAUGAGGGCACAUCGUGUUGCUGUAAUUCUGGUUUGGAUCUUAGCUUUUCUUAUUUCUGGGCUCUUUAGUGGACUUUGGCUCUCAGUUUCAACCCCCAAAUAUUCUAUAUUUGUUUGGGCGCCGUAUAUCUUGAUUUUAACUCUUGUAAUCUGCUCCAGUAACUUAUGCAUAUGGAAGAAACUUCGACGGGGAAGUCUCGCCUCGCAGCGGAACAGAUCUGCGCCAAACAAACGCUUGACAAAAACUCUACUUUUUGUAUCAAUUAUUUCUUUACUUUCGUGGCUUCCGUUAGUUAUUACGAACGUUUGGAUAAUGUUAACUAGCUUCAGUUCGAUAUCACAUGAAAUAUAUUUCAUGGUAAAUGUUAUUAAUUAUUCCAACGCAUUUGUCAAUCCAGUCGUGUAUGUACUGAGGAUUCCUGAGUUCAGACAGGCACUGGGUUUGUGCCCUUUAAGGAGGGGAACAACUAGGAUGGAACGUAAAGGCAGAGGAAAUAACAUGACAGGAAUUUUGACGCCAUCGUCUGAAGUAAAAACGUUUGGAAAAGAUUCAAGAAUCCAACAGGGCGUGCAGUUCGUAACUAAUGAAGACAUUGCAGAAGACGUUUUGGAUACCGAGCUGUGAUCGUGGCAUGAAAGAUCGAAGUUGCUGAUUGUUCUUCCUAUUUUAAAUAUUACAAACAAAAACUUUCGCCUCUUGACUUUAGUCUUAGAGACGCCAAAACUGCUGAUGAACAAUACGCUGCGAUCUGAAAUCUCUAUUGCCUGCGGCGUUAUGACGGAUUUCGAUGUUCGGGAUUGAAAAAUAUAUGUACAACGGAUGUUUGCAAAACAAAAACAAUCUUAAAAACUAAGGCUGGCGAAAGCUUUUUCUUUCCUUUUUUUAAAAGAAUCUUCAAUCUGAUAGAGUCAGGUUCCAUUUUUGGUUUCAGAUAUAACCUCGAGUAAUAGGCAAAAUUAGUUUCACGUUUCCUAAAGGACGGGAUUUCGAUGAAUAUAUUGUUUCUUGAGGAGAACUGAAGAACCGACAAAGAUUUGAUAAAUUGUGUAAUAUUCGCCGUUCGUAAAGAUAUUAAAAUUGUUUUACCACAAAUUUAACAGCCGAUCUGUUGUAACAGAUCAUUUCUGGCUGCAAAUUUCAGGACACUGAGAGCAUUUGAGAACUCCUGAUAGGCAUCGUAAAUAAAUUUCG